CGAGAGAAAUUGCACACGAAUAUUCGAUAUAAUUAGCAUUUUUUUAGAGAUGGCACGUACCAAGCAGACAGCACGUAAGUCCACUGGAGGAAAGGCCCCUAGGAAGCAGCUCGCGACCAAAGCGGCGCGUAAAAGUGCACCAUCAACCGGAGGAGUGAAGAAACCUCAUCGUUAUAGACCAGGUACAGUCGCCUUGCGUGAAAUCAGAAGAUACCAAAAGUCGACCGAAUUGCUUAUCAGAAAAUUACCAUUCCAACGUUUGGUUCGUGAAAUUGCGCAAGACUUCAAGACCGACUUGCGUUUCCAGAGUGCAGCUAUUGGUGCUCUCCAGGAGGCAUCCGAGGCUUACCUCGUCGGCCUCUUCGAGGACACGAACUUGUGCGCUAUUCAUGCCAAGAGAGUAACCAUUAUGCCCAAGGAUAUCCAACUGGCUCGGCGAAUUCGUGGCGAGCGUGCUUAAAUUCUGAUAAGUUAUCGGCGUAAUGCUUUCCAUUUCACCUUGUUUUCAUACAUUCAAACAUUAAUAUUAUUAUUAUUAUUAUUAUUCCAAGAGGUUAGCGGCAUUUUAGUUUGGUUCAUAUUUAAAAGAUUUAUUGCGAUACUCACUGCCAAAUAUUCAAAAACGGCGGCACAUUUGUUUAUGUCUAGCUAUAUUUUGAAAUCUGAUUAUUGUAUUUUAUCCAAUUAAAUUAAGUUGUAUUUAUGAUUUGCUAAAUUAUAUAUUUUUUUUUAUAUAUAACAAAAUCACGAUAGCUCUAUGAUCAUAAAAUGAAGAAGUUGAAAAAAAACAAUAUUCGUGUUCGAUAAAUCUCUAUUUCUUCAUUGUAAUUUUACACUGAAAAAUUGACGUAUUUGCGUUUCUUGUACUUUUUUAGAAUGUAACCCUUGAAUGUAUCGUUACUAAUAUAAGGAACACAGCGUAGCUUCUACUUCCAAAUAGUAAUGGAAGAAUUCUAUAUAUUAUGGAAAAUCUACAACCCAAUAAAAGUUGAGCCUAUUUUAUAAGCAUUCAAGUUUAUAGGAUUUAUCAUUUAUGAUAGGUCAUGGGUAUUGCCACUAUAAACUGAAUAGCCUGAUAACUAAGUGCAUCUUAUAUUGUGAUGUACCUUUCCUUUGUACCACUGAAUAAUGGUUUUGUAACUUCAGUGUUUCAAAUCGAUGUUCGUGAACAAAAUAAUAUCUUUUAAAAUUAGAUAAUUUCUAUUAGACUUUAGUGAUAACGUAAUUCAUUAAGUUAAUAUCUAAUUAAAUGAGUAACAAUAGUCCGGUGUUUGGACAGAAUUAGCUUAUAGUUACAGGUUCUAGAUUACUCUGAUCUGAUUCAUUUUGUGUAUUCUUCGUAAAUUGAAGACAAAGUGAUUAUUGUCAAAAAUAAACUAAAAUCUUGUGCGCAAUUUAAAUGGAGGGUCUCAAGUCAGAAAAUAUACAUGCUUAAGCUCAGCUAAAUUUUCUUUAUUUUUUAAAAAAAUGAAUUAUGUUAAUCGUAUCCUAGUAUAGAGUGCUAGUUUGACAAAAAGAGAUUUCAUUGUUAAUCAACAUACCAAAAUAUGAAAAUAACUUUUGAGACCUUCGGUUCUGAAAAACAUUGUUGUAAUUAACAUGGAAAUAAAACAAUGUCAAUGACCAUUGUGUAAGAA